UUUUAAAAAGCCAUUUUAAGUUUACACCAUGAAUAGCACAAAGGAGAAUGACAAUUACAAAGAUGACCUUCUGCUUAGGAUGGGACUUAAUGAUAAUAAAGCAGGAAUGGAAGGAUUAGAUAAAGAAAAAAUUAACAAAAUUAUAAUGGAAGCCACAAAGGGGUCCAGAUUUUAUGAAAACGAGCUCAAGAAGGAAAAACAAGUCAAUCAACGAAUUGAAAAUAUGAUACAACAAAAAACUCAAAUUACCAGCCAGCAGCUAAAGAAAGCACAAUUACAGGUUGACAAAUUUGCAAUGGAAUUAGAACAGAGCCGGAAUUUGAACAAUACCAUAGUGCACAUUGACAUGGAUGCUUUCUAUGCAGCUGUAGAAAUGAGGGACCAUCCAGAACUGAAAGAUAAACCCAUUGCUGUCGGAACAGUGAGUAUGUUGUCUACCUCAAAUUACCAUGCAAGGAGGUUUGGUGUUCGUGCAGCCAUGCCAGGAUUUAUUGCUAAAAGACUCUGCCCACAACUUAUUAUAGUACCCCCAAACUUUGACAAAUACGAAGCUGUGAGUAAAGAGGUUAAGGAAAUACUUGCUGAUUAUGAUCUCAAUUUUAUGGCCAUGAGUCUCGAUGAAGCCUACUUGAAUAUAACAAAGCACUUACAGGAAAGACAAAAUUGGCCUGAGGACAAAAGAAGGUAUUUCAUCAAAACGGGAAACUCUGUAGAAAAUGAUAAACCAGGAAAGGAAGUUAAUAAACUGAGUGAGAAUGAACGAUCCAUCUCUCCACUACUUUUUGAAGACAGUCCUCCUGAUUUACAUCCCCCAGGAAAUCCUUUCCAAGUGAACUUUGAAGAACAAAACAAUCUUCAAAUGCUCCAAAACUCAGUUGUUUUUGGAACAUCAGCUGAGGAAGUGGUAAAGGAAAUUCGUUUCAGAAUCGAGCAAAAAACAACACUGACAGCCAGUGCAGGCAUUGCCCCAAAUACAAUGUUAGCAAAAGUUUGCAGUGAUAAGAAUAAACCAAAUGGACAAUACCAAAUUCUCCCCAACAGACAAGCUGUGAUGGAUUUCAUUAAGGACUUACCCAUUAGAAAGGUUUCUGGAAUAGGAAAAGUUACAGAGAAAAUGUUAAGGGCCCUUGGAAUUACUACUUGUACGGAACUAUACCAACAAAGGGCAUUACUUUCUCUCCUUUUCUCUGAAACAUCUUGGCAUUAUUUCCUUCAUAUCUCACUGGGUCUGGGUUCAACACACCUGGAAAGGGAUGGAGAGAGGAAAAGUAUGAGCGUUGAGAGGACAUUCAGUGAAAUAAGUAAAGCAGAAGAGCAGUACAGCUUGUGCCAAGAACUUUGCAAUGAAGUUGCUCGAGAUCUACAAAAAGAAGGACUUAAGGGUAGAACUGUUACCAUUAAGCUGAAGAAUGUGAAUUUUGAAGUAAAAACUCGUGCAUCUACAGUUUCAUCUGUUGUUUCUACUGCCCAAGAAAUAUUUGCUAUUGCUAAGGAGUUGCUAAGAACAGAAAUUGAUGCUGAUUUUCCACAUCCCCUGAGAUUAAGACUUAUGGGUGUUCGGAUAUCUGGUUUUCCCAAUGAAGAAGAAAAGAAACAUCAACAACAACAAAGGAGCAUUAUUGGCUUCUUACAGGCUGGAAACCAAGCUUUGCCAGCCACUAGCUGUAUACUAGAGAAAACUGACAAAGAUCAGUUUGUAAAACCUCUAGAUAUGUCUCAUAAGAAGAGUUUCUUUGAUAAAAAACGAUCAGAAAGGAAAUGGAACCACCAAGACACAUUUAAAUGUGAGACUGUGGAUAAACAAAGUUUACAAACAUCACAAUCAUUCCAAGUUUUAAAGAAGAUGAAUGAGAAUUUAGAAACAUCAGAGAAUUCAGAUAACUGUCAGAUAUUUACCUGUCCUGUUUGCUUUAGGGAGCAAGGAAGCAUCAGUCUGGAAGCUUUCAAUAAACAUGUGGAUGCAUGUCUUGAUGGACCUUCAAUCAGUGAAUACUCUGAAAUGUUCUCAGGUUCACAUGCUUCCUCUACCAAAGUUAACAGGAAAGAAAAUGUGCAUCAUUCUUUUUCACUUCAUGAGAAGCAAGAUUAUGAAACCCAUCAGAGAAAUAUGGAAAUCACUUCAGAAGAUUGUGUAGAAUUGGUAGAUACUAUAGAUAACUCAUCUAAAGCAAAAAGUAUAGAUGCUUCAAGUUAUAAGCACAGCAAGGAGGGAUGUUCUAGUCUUCCAAGCAAGUUUUUAAAUAUUGAACACUGUCAUCAGAAUUCUUCUUGUACCAUUUCAUUGGAAAAUGAAGAUGUUGGGUUGUUAAGUAGGCAAGAAUCCCUCCAACCUUGUUUAUUUGAAGUGAAAACAGGCCAAGCUCUAGUUUGUCCUGUUUGUAACCUGGAACAAAAGACUUCAGAUCUUACCCUGUUUAAUGUGCAUGUGGAUGUUUGCUUAAAUAAAGGUGUUAUACAAGAAUUGAGAAAGGAUAAAGUUAAUCCAGUUAAUCAAUCCAAAGAAAGCUCCAGAAAUACUGGUUGCUCAAGCAGAGUACAGAAGACUGGAACAAGAACAAAAAGGCCAGGACUGAUACCAAAGUACUCAACAUCAAAGAAAAUAAAACCAAACAACCCCAGAUACACCCUUGAUAUAUUUUUUAAAUGAACAUUUAACAUUUUACAUUAAUAUUAAUUGGAACUUGUUAUUUUAUAAUCAAUGAAUUUGUUCUUCCUCAUUUUAAGUUUACAGAUUUAUUUAGUGAAGGCAUGUAUAAUAAUCUCUCCCAAAAUUACAUUUCCUUUUCUUAGAAUUUGGCAUGUAUACAAAUUUACUUCUGAAUACCUUAUUUAUAACCAUGAGAAUUUUACUUCUGUUAUAGAUCAUUUGGAACUCAAUCUUGUUAGAGAUAAUUUUUAAAAAAAGAAAUUAGGAAUGGGAUCAGAAAGUGAUUUCUUUAUUGUUUUUAUAGUGAAUAUAAAAAUAUUUAUAAGGCCUCUCAGAGUUUCACACAAAUCUAUUUUAGCAUAAGAAUUUUUCAGCACUUAACCACUUUGUUGGCAUUGGACUGCUACAUUUGAUCCUAGUAGCUUCGGAUACCUCAUAAGCACUCAUAAUUAAAAUUUAUUGUAAGUUCUAUUAAGAGUAUUAGCUUGGUAGGACUAGCGUGAGUGGUUUUGUUACCGUCAGGAAAAUAAUAUCACAAUAUUAUUUGUGUCAAAAGGGUUUUUGCUUAAAGUAUGAUUAUGCAUUUGGUUUUUCUUAUUUAAAAUUCCUUUAUCUUAUGAAUUAGCACUUGAUUCACUUUAAAAGAUAUUUAGUCUAAGAUUUAAAGUUUUUUUAAAUAUAGGUCUUGUAAAUGGUAGUAUCUUUUUUCCCGGCAGUUAUGCUUGUACUUUGCACAAAUCUACAAAAAAGAAUGCAUUAUACAGUCACAUUAUUUUUAUUAUAAUCUUCAAAAGAAAAAUGUGCAAUUCAAAAGAUUUGUGUGUAUUAAAACAUGUCACUUAGUUACAUUUCUUAUCACAUUUUAUUAAUAUUUGUGAAAGAAGAGAACUUAGUAGUUAGCUAAAGUAGUUGCUCCAAAACACUUUUGUGCUAUCAAUAAGUUCUUAUUAAAAAAUAUUUAAUUGGAACAUGUAGGUAGAAGCCAUUAUCUGUAUUGCUUAUAUUCAUUGCCGCAAGGAAAUGAAUCUUUUAUUCUCCUAUAUUUUUGUUUUCCCUUUCCAACUUCAUAUUUUAGCUCAUUAUCUAAAUAUAUAAGGAAAUAAUAUUUUACUGAUAGCUUAAUUAUGGUCUUGCAUAGCCUUUGGCCAAAGUGGUAACUUGAUUUUUAAUUACUAGAUUGUUUUAAAUUAGAUUUAAUGUUUGUUAGCAUGCUAAUCUCAUGCCUGAUAUUAUUGUACACUACGGCAAAUACAAAUACACUAUAGCAUGUGGUUCUUGAUUUACUUAUGUAAAUUCUGUACAAAAUUAAGUUCAAUGAAGGACUGAUAUAAUGUAUUAAAUAGUAAAUCGUCAUACUGGCCAGACAAUGACAAAAAAAAGAAAAGUAAAUAGCACCAUAUUUAGUUGUUUUCUGUCUUACCUUGUUUAUUUUCAUUGUUUUCAACAUUAGAGUAAUUUUUUUUGGCAGCUAGACAGUAUGGGGAUUCAAACCUUUGACCUUGGUGUUAUAUCACUGCACUCUAAAUAUUACAGUAAAUACUAAAUUAUUUUCAUGUGGGUGAUUCAUUUAAUCGAAUGUUGUCAUUUAGUAAUAUUUAAUAAUAAUUUAAAAUAAAAUUUUUUGAUUGAUCUAUUA